CUGUCUCCUUCUUCAGGGUCCCAUUCGUGAGCCAGAGCCAGGUCUUCUCCUUAUCAGCUUUUCCUUCAAUUUUGUCAAGGAACUUUCCAUGCUAUGUUUUGUUGUGCCAGCUGCCAGCUCUAGUUUGUAGUGCGGUUUUCUUGUACUGAUUCUUUGUCUGCUGUGUUUUGAGGAGUUUCUGAUUUUGGACUUCAAUCAAAGCAGGUUCUUCACUUUGCUUUACAUAUUCUGCCAGUGCAUGUUCUAAUUAUUAUUAUUAUUAUUAUUCAAAAUUAUAUUUUUAUAUAUAUAGAUGAUGAUGGGGACGGGAUGCUUGAAGCAUUUGGAAGGUCCACACUGGGGUGUUUGUGGCUUUCCUGGGCCCGUCCUUUGGCCUCCUUCCUGCGUCAGAGUCUCCGAUGGAGAGUCCAGCUGCUGUGGGCGGCCUGGGAUGGGCCCAGUUGGGGCUGGGCCGCCGCCGGACACUCUUCUGCCGCCCCCACAGUUCCCAAGCCCAGCAGCCCCGGGGAAGCUGAGGACAGUUUCCCCCCAAAUCCCCCAAAGCACAGGGCCGGAGAGAGAGCUGACCCACUGGCGUUGGCUGCCCGGCCUCUCCCUCUCUCUCCCUCUCCCAACCUCCCUGCCACAGACAAGCGGCUCUUUCUCCGGCCGGAGGGACAGAGAAGAAAGGCGGCCUUGUGGCUGGCGAGGUGGGGCGCUCCCCCUCCCGCGCCCAGAACAGAGCCCGCUUGUCCGGAUGGCCGUCCGUCCGUCUGUCGUUAACCCACCCACGGGGCAGAGAGUGCCCAAGGGGAACGCAAGGAAGGGGUUCCUCUGCUGAGUGAGGCUGUUCUUGUUGAUGUUGUUGUUCUUGUUGUUAUGAAAUGACUUAGAAUCGUAGAUUCGUAGAGUUGCAGUUUCUCAAGUCGCUCCUGACACAAAAAAGAAAAUUAUGUGCAUUUAUACCCUGCUUUUUCUCUCUGCAAAGAGUAUGUGAAGCAUUGAGGAUGGAGCUGGGCACACAAAGAGCAGCACUGUGCUGUCCAGAGCACAUUCUCGCCCAGGCAUGGGCAAACCUCAGCCCUCCCUAACCUUAACCGUAAUAAUCGUUGGUGCAGCACUGACGAGUUGAAGGUUGGGUUGCUGACCUGAAGGUUGCCAGUUCUAAUCCAGCCUGGGGAGAGCAUGAGUGAGCUCCCACUAUCAGCUCCAGCUCCAUGCACAGACAUGAGAAAAGCUUCCCACAAGGAUGGUAAAAACAUCCGGGCAAUGUCCCCUGGGCAACGUCCUUGCAGGCAGCCAAUUGUCUCACACCAGAAGCAGCUCGCAGUUUCUCAAGUCGCUCCUGACCCAGAAAAAAAGAGAAAAUAUUUAUAUAAUUGCUCACUAAAACUAUUCACAAGGAAUCGUGAAAAUCUUCACAAAAAAUAUUUAUAAAAAUGUUCACUAAACUAAUCAUGAAAUUAUUCACAAAACUAAUCAUGGAAAUGUUGGCAGAAAUAAUCAUGUAAAUAUUCACAAAAUAAUUGCAACAAUAUUUGUAAAAAUAUAUUAACAGGAGCCCCGGUGGCAAAGUGCGUUAAAGCACUGAGCUGGAGACUGAAAGGUGCCAGGUUCAAACCCCGGGAGUGGCGUGAGCUCCCGCAGUUAGCUCCAGCUCCUGCCAACCUAGCAGUUCGAAAACAUGCCAAUGUGAGUAGAUCAAUAGGUACCGCUCCAUGCAGUCAUGCCAGUGGCCACAAGACCUUGGAGGUGUCUACGGACAAUGUGAGUAGAUCAAUAGGUACCGCUCCGGCGGGAAGGUAACGGCGCUCCAUGCAGCCAUGCCGGCCACAUGACCUUGGAGAUGUCUACGGACAACGCCGGCUCUUCGGCUUAGAAAUGGAGAUGAGCACCAACCCCCAGAGUCAGACAUGACUGGACUUAACGUCAGGGGAGACCUUUACCUUUUUAUUAACAAUAAUAUUUUAUGAAAAUAUUCACAAAAAAUAUUAUCCGAAAUUAUUCAUGAAAAUAUUUGCAAUCAUAUUCAUGAAAGUAUUCACAAAAAUAUUCACAAAGGGGCUAAAGGGGGAAAGGAAGGGGCCUGAGGCUGUUAGGAAUUGCAGAUUUCCAAAACACUUGGAGGGCCGAAGUCUACCCAUGCAUGUUCUAGCCUCGUCGUUCUGCCUCUGGUCCGCCCUUGUGUUCUGUGCCCAUGUGAGACGAAAGGGUGCCAUGCGCAGAGGAAGGAGUAUUUUGGUGCCCAGCUUCUCAACCACCCGUCUGUCCUCUUGGGAUGGAGGCGAUGAUGGUGAUAUGGAGCUAGGGUUGGGUAUCAGUGGGAGGCAGCACAGAGCUGAAUAGGGGAGAAGCACCAGGGCCGGAGGGCUGAGAGAGGCUGUGAGCGCAGUGCCGCUCUUUGUGUGCCCACCUCCAUGCUUUGCACACCCACAACCGCAUUCGGGGAUCUUCCCCUCUUCCCCAGCGCAUGUAAUCUGGAGGAGAAGCUGAAGACGGUCCGGUCCAGGCGGGAGGCCAUGGAGAGCUGUGGCCGCAGAGUGGGCAGCCCGCCUUGCUCUCUCCAGAACAGCCUGCUGGACUUGACGGAGACGGGCAAAGGGCUGAAGGUCCAAACGGAGAAGCCUCACCUGGUCAGCCUGGGCAGCGGGCGCCUCAGCACCGCCAUCACGCUCCUGCCCCUCGAGGAGGGUAGGACAGUGCUGGGCUCGUCCGCGAGCGACAUCGUAUUGCAAGGCCCCGGCGUGGCCCCCCAGCAUUGCUUCAUCGAGAAUGUGCGCGGGACCCUCACCCUCCACCCCUGUGGCAACCCCUGCGCCAUCGACGGCCUGGCGGUCUCUUGCCCCACGCGCCUCUCCCAAGGGUGCAUGAUCUGCCUGGGCCAGUCGACCUUCCUCCGUUUCAACCACCCGGCGGAGGCAAAGUGGAUGAAAAGCAUGAUCCCGGUCGGGGGGCGAAGCCCGGCCUCCCCUUAUGGGCUCCUGGCAGUGAACGGCAACCCAGAGACGGGCAAGGGUCCCCGGGGCGCCGGCCACAGCCUCCUGGUGAGCUCCAUCGAGCGGGACUUGCAGGACAUCAUGGACUCCCUGGCGCUGGAGGACGAGGGAGGCCCCACCCUGCCCUCGCCGGAACCUUCCGCGGCCAACGGCGGUCAACGGGGGGCCCGCCUGCUGCUCUCCCCACCCCAGAGCCCCGGUGCCAUGUCGGUGGGCUCCAGCUACGAGAACGCCUCCCCGCCCUUCUCUCCGCUCUCCUCCCCGGCCAGUAGCAGCAGCUGCGCCAGCCACUCGCCCGCCGGCCCGGAGCAGUGCCCGCCCGUGGUGCCCGCCCGCUCCUCCAGCUUCAACCACACCAUGCUGACGCCCCCGGGCAGAGCGCGGGCCACGCAGGAGGGACCCCGCAGCCCCCGGAGCCGGACCUCGGCGGAGACCCCCCGGCCCGCCCCACGCACGGAAACACAGCCCCCCGGCAGCCCCCGCCUGGCCCCCAAGUUCCUGCAGGAGAGGCCCCCCAGCCCUUCCCGGAGGACCCUGGCGCCCACGGAGCCCUCCGUCCGCGUGCUGCUGCCCCACGAAAGCCGCCGCACUUUGGAGGGCAAGCUCCCCCCCGUCAGCCCGGCCCUCUCCCGCCGGGCGGCUUCUCCGGCCGCCAGUGCCCACAGCAGCCCCUCCGUGUCCACUGUCGCGUGGCGCAGGGAGGCCCACGAAGACUUCCCGGGUGGGAUCCGCACCCGCAGCCCCUCGCCCUCCCAGCAGAAGGGCCGCUUGAGGCCCGGGCUGAGUCCGGCGGGCAGCCUGGGCUCGCUGGCGCUGCCGUCCUCGUCCUCGUCGUCCUCGCCGUGCCACAGCCCUCGCCUGCGCCGCAAGAUGUCCUGCGGGGAGGCGCAGGCGGCGGGGUUCCCCAUGCGAGAGCGCAAGCAGAGCAUCUCGGAGCUGAGCGGCAACGAAGGGGAGCUGCUGGAGUAUCACCGCUGGCAGCGCCAGGAGCGGAUGCGGGAGCAGGAGAUGGAGCGCCUGGAGCGGCAGCGCUUGGAGACCAUCCUCAGCUUGUGUGCUGAAUACACGCGUGGCGACGACGGUGAUGACGGCGUUGAGCAUCCUUCCCGCGAGCGCUGCCCCUUCCCCAGCGGAGCCGAGCCGCAGCCGCUGCCGAGGAAGAGGCGGCCCUGCGUGAGCCCCCCGAGUGUGGGGCGGCCCAAGGAGGAGCGGCUGGGGGGUCCGCCGAGGGAAAGAGAGGGGCCGGGGCGCUGCGAGGAGGACCACCUCAAGGAGGAGGAGAGCAGCAGCACCGAGAGCGCAGGCCACGAGCACGAGGAGCCCCAUGGCGGCCGGGGCAGUCAGGAGUCAGCGCAGGCGGCGCUGCUGGAGGAGGAGCGCGCCCGCGUUUUGGCCUCUGCUGACCGCCUCAAGACCCGUGCCAAGGAGCUGGAGCAGCAGCUGCAGGAGACCGCCCGAGAGGCGGAGAUGGAACGGGCCCUCUUGCAAGGGGAGCGCGAGGCGGAGCUGAUCCAGAUGCAGCAGGAGCAGAAGGCCGUCCAGCACCUGCAGGAGAGGCUCUCCGGGCUGGACGCCUCCAUCCGCCGGGACCGGGACACGGAGAGGGCAAAGGUUGACGCGGAAAGGAAGGCGCUGGAGAGGCUGCGGGCGCUCUGCUCGGAGCUCAGGACCCAGCUAGAUAACUGCCCUGAGUCCAUGAGGGAGCAGCUGCAGGACCAGGUGCAAAGGGAAGCGGAGGCGCUGGAGACAGAAAGCAAGCUCUUUGAGGACUUGGAAUUCCAGCAGCUGGAGAGGGAGAGCCGUCUGGAGGAGGAGCGUGAGGAGAUCAGCCGGCAGCUGCUGCAAGGGACGGCCGAGGGGCACCGCAACCUGGCCAGGAGGAAGGAACGCGUGGCAGCGCUGGAGAGCCAAGCCAACCAGAUCCGGCUGCAGGCGGCGCAGGAGGCCGAGCGGCUGGGCAAGGAGCAGAGCCUCACGCUGCAGAUGCUGCAGAAGGAGAAGGAAACCCUCCUGGCGCUGGAGCGGCAAUACCGUGCGCUCACCGGGGGGUCGGGCUUCCCCAAGGCCUCCCCGGCCCUCCGAGAGGAGGCGGAGGGGGAUGGCUUUGUGGGCCCCUCUUGCGCAUCGGCAGCGCCAGAGGGGAAUUGGGCUCCGACAGCUGCUCCCGGGCCCUGCAGCCAAGCGCCGGACGCUAGUGUUUCCCCCAACAGCCCCCCACUUCUGCAGCCUCCUAACUAUGAGUAUGUGACCACUGACCAGCUGGCGGUGAUCCUGGGGAGCGUCCGGGCGGCCGUAGGGCUGGCCCACCCCCCCGACCCCUCUGCUCCUGCCGCUUCCGCCUUGCCGGCGCCGCUCUCCUCUUCCCAGGUCUAUCGCUCCAAGAUGGACGGGAGCCUGGCCUGGUCCAAAGCGGGCGCCUCUGCUUCUUCCUCCCAGAUCAGCCUCACCAGCCUCGGACGCAGCCCCUCACCAAAGAACACCUUGGCAGCCCAGAACGGCGGCACCGGCAGCCUCCCGCGCAACCUGGCCAGCACCCUCCAGGAUAUUGAGAGCAAGCGCCAGCUGGCCCUCCAGCAGAAGGGGCAGCAGGUGAUUGAGGAGCAGCGGCGGCGCCUGGCCGACCUGAAGCAGAAGGCGGCGGCCGAGGCCCAGUCUCAGUGGGAGGCCCUGCGCGGGGGAGGGGCGGCCCCGCUCUCGCCCCCCUACUCCCCCCUCAUGCCCCACUCCAUCCUCCAUCACCACCACCCCCACCACGACCCUCAGCGCCCCUACGACACCCUCAGCCUGGAGAGCUCCGACAGCCUCGAGACCAACUUUUCCAACAGCGGGAACUCCGCCUGCUCCCCAGACAACGUCUCCAGCGCUAGCGGGGCAGAUGCAGGGAAGAUCGAGGAGAUGGAGAAGAUGCUGAGAGAAGCCCAUGCGGAGAAGUCGCGUCUGAUGGAGUCCCGGGAUCAAGAAGCGGAGCUGCGGCGCCAGGCCCUGGAGGACGAGCGGCGGAGGAGGGAGCAGCUGGAGCGGCGGCUGCAGGACGAGACGGCGAGGCGGCAGAAGCUCAUCGAGAAGGAGGUCAAGAUGCGGGAGAAGCAGUUCGCCCAGGCACGGCCCCUGACCCGCUACCUGCCCAUCCGCAAAGAGGACUUUGACCUGCGGCUGCACAUCGAGUCCUCGGGCCACAGCGUGGACACCUGCAGCCACGUCAUCCUCUCUGAGAAGAUGUGCAAGGGUUACCUGGUCAAGAUGGGGGGCAAGAUCAAGUCCUGGAAGAAGCGCUGGUUCGUCUUUGACCGCUUGCGCCGCACUCUGUCCUACUACGUCGACAAGCACGAGACGAAGCUGAAGGGCCUCAUCUACUUCCAGGCCAUCGAGGAGGUCUAUUACGACCACCUCCGGAGUGCGGCCAAGAAGAGGUCCUUCUCUCUCAGUCUGGCCAGUCACCUAGCAGACUUCCUCCCUGCUCCCUUCAGCGGAGAGAGCCCGAACCCGGCCCUGACGUUCUGCGUCAAGACCCACGACCGCCUCUACUACAUGGUGGCCCCCUCCGCCGAGGCCAUGCGCAUCUGGAUGGACGUCAUCGUCACGGGCGCCGAGGGAUACACGCAGUUCCUGAACUGAGCCCCAAAGAGGACGGGGAGGAGGAGACAACAGUGGGGACGGGGCCAAGGCUUCAAGGCUUUGGGCUCCUCUGGACAGAGCGGUGCUUCUGCUUCUCCACAAGCGCAACACGGGGCUCUUGGGAGCCGCAAGGGCUUCGGGAGGGGGCUCCCCGAAAUACGCGCCCUCUCCUUGGCCACGGAGUAUAGACAUGCCACGUUUGCCCAGGACACUGCCAAAAGCUCCACGCCAGCAGCUCAGCCGAGUCCUGCCCCAGAUGUGCAGGGAUGUAGGCUUCCUUCCUUCCUUCUCUCCCUCUUCUGCCCUUCUUCCCUUCCCUUCCUUUCUUUCUUUAAUCACUUCCCUCCCUCCCUCCCUUCUUUCUUUUUCUUCCUUCUUUCUUUCUUUUUUCCUUUCCUUUCCUUUCUUUAAUCACUUCCCUUCCUUCAUUUCUUCUCCCUCCCUUCUCUCCUUCCUUCUUUCCAUUCUUUAAUCCUUCCUUCUCUCCUUCCUUCUUUCCUUCCUUCCCUUCCCUUCUCUUCCUUUCUUUAAUCACAUCCCUCACUCCCUUCCUCCUUUGUCUCUUUCUUUCUUUCUUCUUUCCCUCCCUCUCUUCUGUCCAUUCUUUCAUUCUUCCUUUCCCUUCUUUUCUUUAAUCACUUCCCUUCAUAACUUCUCCCUCCCUUCCUUCUCUCCUUCUUUCCUUUCUUUAAUCCUUCCUUCCUUCUUUCCUUCCUUCCUUCUUUCUCUCCCUCCCUUCUUCUCUUCCCUUCCCUUCCUUUCUUUAAUCACAUCCCUCCCUCCCUUCCUCCUUUGUCUCUUUCUUUCUUUCUUCUUUCCCUCCCUCUCUUCUGUCCAUUCUUUCAUUCUUCCUUUCCCUUCUUUUCUUUAAUCACUUCCCUUCAUAACUUCUCCCUCCCUUCCUUCUCUCCUUCUUUCCUUUCUUUAAUCCUUCCUUCCUUCUUUCCUUCCUUCCUUCUUUCUCUCCCUCCCUUCUUCUCUUCCCUUCCUUUCUUUAAUCACAUCCCUCCCUCCCUUCCUCCUUUGUCUCCUUCCUUUCUCUUCUCCUUCCUUCCUUCCUUCUUUCCAUCCCUCUCUUCUGUCCAUUCUUUCCUUCUUCCUUUGAAUGCUUUUCCUUCCUCCUUUGGUGCUUUGAAUGAGUUUUUCCUGCUUCUUGUAGGGGGUUGGACUGGAUGGCCCAUGAGGUCUCUUCCAACUCUACGAUUCUAUGAUUCUUUCCUUCUUUCUUUCCUUCUUUCUUUCUUUCAUUCUUCCUUUCCCUUUCUUUCUUUAAUCACAUCCUUCCUCCUUUGUCUCCUUCCUUCCCUCCCUCCUCCCUCCUUCCUCCUUCCUUUCCUUUCUUUAAUCCUUCCUUCUUCUCCUUCCUUCCUUCCUUCCUUCCUUCCUUCCUUCCUUCCUUCCUUCCUUCCUUCCUUCCUUCCUUCCUUCCUUCUCCUUCCUUCCUUCCUUCCUUCCUUCCUUCCUUCCUUCCUUCCUUCCUUCCUUCCUUCCUUUCUUCUCUCCUUCCUUCCAAAGGGAGGUCUGAUUUCCCUGGGCAAGAAAAAGGGCCCUGCCGCAUCCUCUCCCACUGCAACUCCCAUCAUCCUCAUCCUCAUCACCACCGCCUUGUGCCUUGGGGGGCUGCUGCCCACCACCCUACUUCCAGCAAAGGGACCUGAAGUGGGACGUUCUGCCUGGAGACAGAAGUCCGCCGGACAUUUAGAACCGGGCACCGCUCUCCCUGGUGCUGCCAAUGACUUGGACUGGGCAGAGGAUGGGAAUAAGUAAUAAAGCCUUUUAUCUACAA